UUACACGCGGAUUCUCGUCAGAUUCCCCGCACGAUGGCAGAGCCCAGGUCUUUAUUUCUUCGUCUGCCUUUGGAGCUGAGGGAGCAUAUCUACUCGUACUACUUCCGACCCGCGGACCGGCUAGAUGUCUCCAACUUCGCCGGAGGUUUGUACCGAUUCGAGUUUGACCUCUUGCGUGUGAACAAACAAGUCCAUUUGGAAGCACACAAUCUAUGGCGAAGGAAGUUUGCAUACUUUGUUCGGCUGCAGACUCUCUGGCCUAACGCUGUCCAUCACAUCUCCAAUGAAGGUCUUGUACCUAUCGUUGCAUAUGGCCCGCGUGCAUCAAAUUUUAAAGAGCAUGCGUUUCUCCUCGAAGUUUCGUCGCAUCAAGAUCCUGAUCAGUCUGAGCAUCCUAUGAUUAUGCUAUUGGACGAUAUUCCACAGUUCGCACAGACGUGGUUCUAUUCAGGCCUCACAUAUCCAGGCCUGAACGAGGCGCUGAAUCUGAAAUGCACCGCGCGAAACCUGGAGCAACGAGGCACUUCUAGCAAUAUUCUAGAAGAUGAUGAAAAGUCGACAAUACCUCUCGAUAUGCAAAAGCGCCUACUUCUGCCAUUUGGGAAAAUCAAGGGCUUGUCGGGUACCCAGUUAGCCCACUUCGACAAAUCUGUCGAGGACGACCUGCUCACCGCCAUGGCAGCCCCAUAUCCACCGGUUCACGAAUGUUUCGAAGAGUGUAUCACACUCAUCGAAAAAGGUGACGAACUUUUAUCCAUCACCCCCAGGACCAUUGGAACUGCACGAUCUGCUCUCGAAAGCUUCUUUGCUGCUUUCCACGCCAUGCACAUCCUCAUCGACGGCCGUAAACGUCGUGUUCUGGCUGAUGCCUACUUUCACGAGAACAUCACCGAAGGCCGCUUCAAAGGUCAAAUGGGCUCUGCGAUCCGCAUUAUCCUUCGAAUUCGUCUCGUCAGCCGCUGUGUGCUGGCUUACUUGCGGAUGGGGGAAUACGGAGAAGCUGCGUUCUGGGGGAUGCGCAGCGUGAGAAUCAUGAGUGAACAGAUGUCGAGUGAGUUCGAUGCUUUCAUAGCUGACUAUAUAGGGUCCGAGGAUAUGGGGAUGAUCAAUGCGCGGACAGCUAUAGCUUUUACGAUGCUGGAAUCUGGUGCCCACGAGUUUGGAAGCAAAUACGCCGGUAUUCCCGGAAAUGAACGAAGAGAAGAGUGGGCAGAAGAAUUGGAAAGUUACGAAAGUGAAUUCCCGGUGAACAGUGAACAGCUAUGGGUUCAUACCGGGAGGUACCUGAACAGCGCCGCGCAUAAAGAAACCAGGGAGACGGUGAUAAAUGAAGCAAAGGACUUUGGUGUGGAGAUUCCUGAGUUUAUUUUGUAG